GUGAAGCGUAAAGUUCAAAACCGUGUUGCGCAAAGAGCUUUUCGGGAAAGAAAAGAAAAUUAUGUGAAUGAACUAAAACAGAAGCUAAGGGAGGUACAAGACAACCACGUACUAGGCACCAGACAAAUCUUUUACGAAAACGAAAACCUUCGGUCGAUCAUACGUUACCUCGAAUCCGAGAAUCACGCCUUAAAA